AUGUCAACUACAACAACUCCUACUGAAACAAUGCAAACUACAGAUAUGCCCUCUACAACAAGAACAACAACAUUGUCAUCUACAACAACUCCUCCUGAAAGAACGCAAACUACAGAUAUGCCCUCUACAACAAGAACAACAACUAUGCGAACUACAACAGCUCCUACUGAAACAACGCAAACUACAAAUAUGACCUUUACAACAAUUGCAGAAAUUACAACGCAAACUACAACCAUGCCCUCUACAACAAGUACUACAACCAUGCCCUCUAUUUCCAGUAUUACAACCAUGUCAGCUUCACCAACGCCUACUUCAACAAGAACUACAAACCUGACCACUGCAAUAACGCCAGCUACCAAAACAGCAUCCACUACUCAGUCUUCAACAACACCGCCGUCAUAUAUGUCAACGACAACAAUGAAAACUACAACACUGCACACUGCAAUUAUGCCCAACGCAGCAGGCACUAAAACCAUGAAUACAACAGAAAUGCCCACUGUAAAAACAACUAAUACAAGCUCUGCUUUAACCAUGCUCACUAGACAAGCAAGUAGUACAUUAAUGCCUAUAACAACAACGGGUAACGAAAAAAUAAUUUCUGCAAACACAAGUACAACAAUUAAACCCCUUACUUCAUCGUCAUCAAGAAACGUGCCUACUACCACAACGUCAACAACAAUUUUCCCCACAAUAACAGCGUCUCGAAGAACAUUUUUAACUGAAGCAAGUACAAAAAACAUGUCAGCGACUACGUCACCGUCCACUACAAAAAUGCCAGUCAAAAUAACCUCUGCUUCAACAAUACCCAGUACAACAACGAACUCUACAACCAUAUCUACCCCAGAACAAUCCAACACAACGUCUUCACAGGCAGGCAUCUCAACCAUUACUAUUCCUAUAAAAACAGCAGUUACUGUAACAACACCCUUUAUAUCUGAUUCAACUAACAAAUCUACCACAGCCCCGAUGUCCAUCGCAGUUUCAUCUACGCGUUCUUCCGCAACUAAUCCAGCAACAAUCUUCAAUACUACAAUUCUGCCAAACAUGACAGGAACUUUACAAGAUCAGGUUUGUGGCAAUGUGUUGAUAGACUGUGAUAAGUACGCAGUCGAAUUAUGUACUGACCUUGGUCAAACAGAAUGGAUGUGGGACAACUGUAGGGGAUACUGCAAAAUGUGUUUACAAAAAAGACCGUGUCUAGAUUACCAUCCUGAUUGUGCCAGCUUAAAGGACACGAUUUGCAGUGAUCCUGUUAAGAGUUUGGAAUGUAAAGAUACCUGUGGUAUUUGUUAA